CACAUCUUAUUGCUUUUGUACGAACUUCUUUGUAGGCAGCGGAAAAUUUCAUCGAAUUUGUGCGGAAUAUCCUGCGAAAAUCAUGUAAUUUCACCGAUCCUGAGUCGUGCUAGAACUGUGGUAUCGCCAGAAGUACAGAAUGGCUAGCGCAAGCGAAAGUUCGGAUGAAUUUUUCGAUGCGGAGGACGACAAUGCUACAAAUCAUCCUAGGGACUCCAGCAGCAGUAGUGGCAAGAAACGUUCACCGAAAAUAAAAACCGAAAAAGAGUUUCUCUAUCCUGAGCAAACGGAAGAAAAGAGAUGUGAGCAGCACUCGGAUCGAAAUUCGCAGUCAAGUCAACAAAUGGAGCAGCAUCAGCAAAACCAUCAACAAGUAGUUCCGCAGCAAAAAGACGGAACCAAAUUUAUUGAACCGAAAACGUAUGGUAGACAGCGGUUUCGUGAACUGCGUCAGUGCAUGCAAAAUGACGAAGACGAGAAUCCUGGCAAUACACUAACACCUGACUCACAGAACAGCUCGGUGGAAGGUGUAUACUCUUCAUCUACGCGCACAUCGCACCCUUUCAGGGUGAUCGAAGGCGAUGCUCUCAGCAUACAAAGCAUGACUUCGUUGGGACGAGUCGGAAGAAUUCUGGCUGGAAGUGCCAGUGUGGAUGCUAGUGGUCUAAGUAUAGGGAAAGAUUCUACAUAUCUGGCUGCUUCGACGUCAUCUGCUCCACAUUCUUUGAUAGCACUACCAUCCUCUUCAUCACGGGAAACCCAGCUAAGUGGCAGUUCGUCGAUCCAAUCAAGCAGCGGCGGUGGCGUUGUCGGGAAUGUUAGUACAGAAAAUAUCGGUACAUGCAAGUAUGAUUCAUAUGAAGAGAUACGGCACCGACAGGAGAACACCGCUUCCAGUGAUAACGAUAAAGAGCAUCGAGUGAACAUGAAUGUACCCUUACAAGAACCAGAUGUCAUCGCUAGUACAAAACUGGCUCACUCCAAAACAACCGAUAGUUUGACUUGUUCCGGACCGGUUGCCCCUCCGCGGCGGAAAAAGAAAACUCGAAAACUCUCGAGUAGUUCAUCGGAGCAGUUCAACAUGAAUGAAGGUCUCAAGCUUCCUCCUCCGGAUAGUUGUUCUACUGAACUUACAGUAAAACUUCCGAUAGCACAAACAUCUAUAGGUUGUAACAAUGAGCCGCCCGUGAUAGAAACAACAGGUGAGGGUCAAAUUUUGCCCAGUCCAGCAACACUAGCAUCUAUCACACGGCAGAUAGAAAACUCCUUCCAAGAAGCUACUAUUGGUGCUUCUAAUGGAAGUCCUGCGAUAGGUGCAGCUGGUGAGUCUAGUGGAGAACCGCGCAAAUUGUUGACUGGUUCGAUGGGUCGUAUACCAAAUUCAUUGGGGAAUUCUUCGUCGUCUGUUCACUCCAAACCAAGCCCAUCGAAUAGUGUGAAAAGCAAUUCGGCGCCAGCUCGAGUUAGCUCGAUUGAUCCCUCACAAGGGUUGAACAUAUACAAAGCUAUCAAAGGCCAAUACGUUGUGAAGCCAACAGAUGGGGCAUUCAAUAAGGCACAGGGACCUUCUCGUGAGGAAAUCGAACGUGUGGAAAAAAUUAGACUAGAAAUCAUGGGAAACACUGCUCUAACGAGAGCUAGUUUAUCAGGAACUGGAACAAAUAGUUUGGGCAGCGGCACAAGAUACGGUUCAUCGCUGGCUAAACAUAUGUACUUGAAGGAGCGACGAAAAUCAGCCGGGGAUGAGGAUAUGUUCAAGCAGUUAAAUAUCUAUGUGAAAACAAGAACCGACUCGGGCAAGCAACUGACCGACAUGGAGAUUUUGGAACAGAUCCCGGUGAAAAACCUAGAUACCGGUGAAAAUUUCCCUCUUUCUGCUGUGGAAGAAAAAUUACCACAAUGCAUCAAUCCACUGUCAUUGCACAUAAUGAGGUUAACAAGUCAUAUUCCGGAGUCAGACGAGGAGUCUAUUGGUCCCCCUCCCGGCUCGGAAGCUCCGGCUGGGUUCGAAGAAGAUCUCGAAAUUGAGGAAGAAGCUGGACGAUUGAAGAAGAAAACAGCUAAAAUAAAAAGAUUCUUCCGUUCCACAGCUAGAAAAACGGUUGACAAAGCAAAAUCUAUUGCAUCGGAAGUAUCACAUGCUAGACACAAGGAGGAUGUCGCAGACAUCGAGGACGUUGUGAAUCCUGAGCAGAAUAUCAAAAUAAAAGCGUCGAGUACCAAUAAAGGCCCGUAUGAAUUCGCUAAACUACAACACGUCCAAGACCUAUCCGGAGAGCACACGGGAGCUGUGUGGUGCAUGAAAUUCAGUUCUUGUGGUCGUUUACUGGCAACUGCAGGGCAGGAUCGUGUUCUCCGUAUUUGGGUUUUGAAGGAUGCAUAUCAUUUCUUCCAAGAUAUGCGCACAAAGUAUAAUGCAGCCGAUCAGAAGUCUUCGCCGACCCCUUCGCAGGAAUCACUAGUCUCACAUCAUUCGGCCGAGGAAGCGAUUGCUUUGGCAAUAGCCGCCGAGAAAUCUCCCGGUCCGUUUAUGCCCAAGUCGUUCUGUACUUACUCAGGUCAUACCUCGGAUUUAUUGGACGUGUCAUGGUCUAAAAACUAUUUCAUCCUGUCCAGCUCUAUGGACAAGACAGUUCGCUUGUGGCACAUAUCGCGAAAAGAGUGUCUCUGCUGCUUCCAGCAUAUAGAUUUCGUGACGGCGAUUGCGUUUCAUCCUCGUGAUGAUCGCUAUUUCCUCAGUGGCAGUUUGGAUGGAAAGUUGAGAUUGUGGAACAUUCCGGACAAAAAGGUUGCCUUGUGGAAUGAGGUGGAUGGACAGACGAAACUUAUUACGGCGGCUAAUUUCUGUCAAAAUGGAAAAUUCGCCGUCGUUGGCUCGUACGAUGGUCGAUGUCUGUUUUACAACACCGAUCAGCUUAAGUAUCACACACAAAUCCACGUCCGCUCAACGAGAGGGAAGAACGCAAUCGGGAGGAAAAUUAGUGGCAUUGAACCUAUGCCUGGUGAGGAUAAAAUUCUCGUUACAUCAAACGAUAGCCGAAUACGUUUGUACGACCUGAGGGAUUUGAAUUUGAGCUGCAAAUACAAGGGAUACUUGAAUGUUUCGUCCCAGAUCAAAGCGUCUUUCUCACACGACGGCAAAUAUAUCAUAUCGGGAUCGGAGAAUCAGAUGAUUUACAUCUGGAAAACUCAUCACGACUAUGCCAAGUUGAGCUCCGUCCGACGAGAUCGAAGCGAUUUCUGGGAGGGGAUCAAGGCCCACAACGCAACAGUUACCUGCGCUAUUUUUGCGCCACAUCCCGAAGCAAUUAUUAAACCAGAACCUGAUGAUGAAAUUAACGCGGACAAUAUUUCAAUCACUCAUCCAGCGGAUCCACUGGUGGAACAACGAAAAAAGGGUUGCGGCGGCUACGUGUUGGUGAGUGCGGAUUUUAAUGGUUGUAUUAAAGUGUUUAUCAAUAAGACCAAGCCCAAACAUAGCAGCUUGCCAUAUACAGCUAUUCUAGACUAAAUUUUGUGUUGUUGAAAAUUGUAAUCACUGGAAUAAGAGUGAAUACUUUCGCUUAACUUUGCACUAAUUAGAACAUCUGUCAGACCGAACACAGACCGAUUCGAAAAAAAAAGUUUCGCGAUUUAUGCGAUGAGUGAGAGAUAGGAGCAUCACUGAUGUUUAUUGGAUUGAUUUUAGAAACGGUUCGCAAAGAUUUGUUCGAGGCAAACUGAACACCAAAUAAUGUUAGGGCUGAAGCGUGAUAUACAGUGAGUGCCGGAGGGUUAGGUUACCUAAAAUUAACUAUGGAAAGUGCAGUUAAGGAUAUAAGAUCCGCAUUUUGGGCAGAAAACAUCACAUGGAUGUGUACGUACUUUUUUUUUGUUUACCGUUUGGAUGUGUUUUCUGUGUAUUCCCACUAUUGCAUGUUAACAGCAGUUUCACUCACCUUUGUUGUUGUGUUCAGUGCAAAACAGCGAUGAGAGCAUUUGUUCAAUCUUCCCAUUUUAAUAUCGUAGGCACAUCGCGCAAAAUUGAAUUAUAUCCCAGAGUUAAUCCAGCUAUUUAUUACUUACGUAGAUGUUCAAACAGAUGUUUUAUAUAGUUUUAAUUGUGGAGUUUGAAAUUUUUGAUAAUAUACUAUAUUUGAUAAAUGCCAUGUUAUAAACAGUAACCAAGGUGUCUGCAACAAACAUAUGUUUGCACAUGUGUUCUAGCGAGGAAUCAGGAACGAAUAACUGCGUAUGAUAAUUACCAUAUUGUUACAAACUGUGUAGAUUAAAACAGAAUGUUUACCUAAUUUAUUAAUAUGUAUAUAACGUGGAAACUAACGUAUUCAAAUGUUGCUUUGUUCAAUGAUUGGAAAAUAUGAGAACAUCCCUUCACAUUCGCAAAAUGAA